UGACGACCGCCGAGCACGAGCUCGCCAAUGCCACUAUCUCCUCGACGGCCUGCGAGUGUGCAUGGGCACAUUCCCAUUCGCGACGCUACCAUCGUCCACCUGGAUUCUUGGACGGAGCGGAAGACGACCACGGUGCACGCCGCCAUCGUCGGACGACGCUGCACACGAUAGCCGCGGUGUGGCCGUCGCAGAGCCUGCUCUGCACUCGUUCCGGUAACGACAGACGACGCACUGAGCAGAUGAUUAAGCCAAAAAUGAAAGAACGCUAUCGGAAACAAAAAUUUUUGAAAAAUUUUGGUCUACAACCAAAUAAAACUCAGAGGCCUGUGGAAGAAGAAAAUGAUAUCAAUAUAUGCGAACGAGUAUGUUUUUAUUACUUCGAUGAUGAUGCACAAGUGGUAUGCCGCGGUUGUUAUAAAACCUUUAAAACUUGGUUAAAUUUUCGAUUGCAUUUUAAUACAUUAUCAUGUCAUACAACUGAAACAAAUUACAAACUUAAUACUUAUAACGAUGUCUAUAAAAAAUACAAGUUAAAGAAAGCCAAGACUAAGAAAAAAAUUAAUGACCGUUUAAGUGCUGCACAACUUAUGGAUUUGGAAACUUUGAACACACGCAAAACAAGAAAAAGAUGUUACCAAAACACAAGAGCGGUUGUGAUUGCUUCCAAAUCUUCAUCAGACUCUGGUUCAAUAAAUUCAGAUAAAUCGACRGUAAAGAUAUUGAAGAAGAAAGAAGUUAUUGAGAACUAUAUAAGUAGCGAUGAAAGUGUAGAGGAGUCAAAAACAAAACCAAAUGGUUACAAUGCUGUUGAAGUUAAAGACAUUCCUAGAAGUACAAAAUCCACAAUUCCAAAAUCACCUCAUAAUAAUCAGACAACUCUAACCAUUAAAACAGAAUGGAAUGCCAAUGACUUAUCACAGGUUUCUUCAGACGACAAUUCGUCAAAAUCUGCUCAUUGUCCACCAAAAUAUAGUCCCAAAAAAGAUCAGGCAUUAAAAUACCAGUAUGUUUGUGUUAUUUGUGAUGCACAAUUUUUGAGUAAAUGUUCACUGACUAUGCACCAAGUACAGCAUAUCAAAUCAGAUCGCAGUAGUUACAGCGUUUUUAUGGCUGCAUUAACUCAAUCUGCUCGAGUGUAACAUGUCAAUAUAUAUUAUUCAUGAUACAAAAGGUAACUCUCGUCCCUAUAAUGAAGUAUCAAGUCCUAUUUAUUUAUUUAUAUAAAAUUAUUUAACUUAAACUGUUUGAUUGAUAUUUAUGGCUGUACAAUUUUAAUUCAAUUUUUAGAAAAUAACAAUUUUAUGUUUGCGUCAUUUAAAUUUUUAUCAUUUGUGGAUUACCAUUACAUUUCACAACAUAAUGUUGUGACCAUUAACGUCUUUCAAACAAAGUAUUAUGAUAUUUAGUUCUAUUUGAAUCCUAUAUUGUUUCUUUUUAUUUUAGACUAAAAUAAUUUUUACCUUAUUCCCACAAUCAAAUUGAGUUUUAGGUAACAGAAAUAUAUUGUUUGGUUAAGCUUAAAGAAAUAGAUAACAACUUGCAACAUUAAAAAGAAUGUUYAUCAACCAUAUCAAAUAUUAUUAAAUGCAUGUAUAUAAUAUUUUUAUUUUUGAAGAAUAAUUGUCAAACUUAACAAUAUCUUGAGCGGCUUUUUCUAUGAGAGUCAAGUCAGUGAUACUUUAAUAUAGGGCACAUUAAACUAUACAAUUUGCUUUUUUUUGUAAAAAAUAAAUUAUUAUUAAAUAUUUAUGUUUAAGACAAAUGUUUUUUAU